UGUAAUUUACUUUUUGCUGACACUUGUGUUGAGUCUUUUAAGUUAAUAUUUUUUUCGGUGACAUAAAUUUCUGAUCAGUUUGUCAACAUAUAGAUGCCUUUUCGAUAUGUCAAAAAGUAGCCUAAAAACUGAUAUCUUAUAGAUGUCUUAAAGGCAAGUGUGCUACUUGGAAGGUUUUUUAUUAAGUUGCAGUAUUCAAUUUAUAUGAGUAAAUAAAAUGACAAGAUAUGUCUGAUAAAAAAUUUUGUGAGCUAGAAAUAAUAAAAUUAGACGAAGAAUUUAAUGAAACAUUAGAUCGUGUUAAAAAAAUUUUAAGUGUUAAAUCAUUUGAUAAUAUUAAAAUAUAUGAAUUGUGGUUGGAUAAAUUGAAAGAUACAACAAGCCAACGUGUUUUGAGAAAUAAAUAUUUAACUGAAUUACAUCGAUUUGUAAAAACUGGUAAUUUAAAUGGAAUAUUUAAUCAGCCGCCUCCAAAGUCUGCUUUGAUGCCAUUAAAUUACCGACAAAAUGCUCAUUCACGUUCGAGUGAAUUUACUGAGAGCAGUAGCGACCGUGAGAGUAAAAAAAAUAUUUUAAGGCAGAAUAAAUAUUCAAAGGAUAAAAUAAUUAUUAAUAGACAUGAAUCUGAUUCGUCGAUUACCAGUUAUAGAUGUAGAGCGACGUCAUAUAAAAUGCGACUGGCUAUUUAUAAGAAGAGAAUUGAAUGCCUGGCUGAUGUCGUCAAAGAAUUGCAGGAACAGAAUGAAAGAUUGAGACAGAAAUUUAAAAAAUGCAAUCAGGUUGCUCGUGAUGAUGCUAGUGGAGAUUUGAGUGAAUUAAUUGAUCAGCAGAGAUGUGCAAUAGAUGAGUUGAAUAAAAAGUUGGAGAAGGCUGAAUGCGAUAAAGAAGAAUUGAGAAAAAAUCAUAGAGAUAUUGUUGAGGAGUAUAAGAACACGAUGAUUGAGCAAAUAAGUAAAUUUAAAAGCUGCUUACAGAAUGAACAGUCGAAGAAUGCUGAUUUUAUUGAUAGGAUAUCAUUUUUAUCAAAGCAAGUUGAAAAUAUGAGACUUGAAAAACAGGAGGAAAUAAAUUGUGUUAAAAAAAAUUCAUAUGAUAAACUGGAGUCGAAUAAAUGUCAUUAUGAAAUGUUACUGGAGGAAAAGGAACAGGAAGUACAGGUGCAAAUUGGAAUUGUAGGCCAGUUAAAAGAAGAAAUAGCUUCUAUGGCUGAUAAAAUGCGAGAUAUGGAAAAUAAAUUGCAGAUUAAAAUACAGGAUGAGAAUAAAUUACAGGAUUUACUUACUGAUCAAUAUUUGUCGAUGAAAGAAGAGUUUGUUAAAAUAAGAAAUGAAAUGGAAGCUGCCAAUCAACAGCACCAUCAAUAUUUGCUGGAUAAAGUAUCGAUGUUGAAAAAAAAUCUUCUGAAAGUUGAAAUAUCUAAACACAAGCUGGCUUCUCAGUAUAAAAGAAAAUUAUUUGAACUGCAGAAGGAUAAAGAGCUGGAAAUAACAUCACUGCAAAUGCAGCUCGAAGGGCAGAGAAACGAAGCAUCUUCUAUUAAUUCAGACAAGCAAUCUGACGUCAAUGGUUAUUCAAAUCGACUAGAAGAGAAAUACAAAGAGCAUUUGGCAUCCAGUGAAGCGGUUGCCGACAGUCAAAAGCAGAAAUUUCAACAGAAAAUAUUGGACCUAGAAAGCCAAAUAAAUAACAUAAAAAAAGGUUUAAUGGAAAAAGGAAUUUACAUCUAA